GGAUUCAGAUUUACAAACAGAAUAUCUCCGAUCCAAACGCCGCUUUCUGCAGAACAAAUUGGAAUUCGCUUAAGUAUAAGAGCCAGAUGUCGGCGCGGUCUCCGAGAAACAAAUUUGACGAUUCAGAUUUCUCACCUUCGAAAUUCGCUUCGUCGAGUGCGAAAUUCGCUUCAACAUCAUUCGCAAGUGCCACUUCUCCUACUCGUGUCAGUCUGUACGGACGGAGCAAUUCUCAGUCGUCGUCUUCCUUUUGGUUCUCCGUCAAAGAUCGGAAGGCUUCUCCUGGCCAUUCGGUUUCGCUGAGGAGCCAAAUUUCCCAGAACAAGAAUGCGGUCUCUUCCGGUGGCCAUCAGACGAAGACUUGUACGUGCUCUCCUACCACGCAUCCAGGAUCGUUUCGCUGUUCCCUCCACAGACGUCACCAAUCGCAGGGAUAUCACUCGAGUAAUGCAUUGAAUUUCAGGAGAUCCGCAAUGGUGAAUUCUCUGGUGAGGAUUGGUGGAGUGGAGGGAGAUCUCGUGAAGAGAUCUUUGUCUGCCUUGAUCAGGCCGUCGUCGCACCAGCAACGCCGCCGAGCCACUUUCGAACCGAAACCCAGCCGGCUCUCGAUCAUGUCCAUAGCUAAAGAUUCGUGAAGCGUUAGGGUUUUGUGUCAUAGCUUUUUGAGUAAAUCAGUCGAGUUGACUCAGUGAGUUUUUUUACGACUCAGUAACUGGGCACUACAUGGCAUAUAUGGGGUUUUUUUUUUUUUUCCUUAUACAUAAGGUUUGGGUAUUGAAAUCCAAUGUUUUACAGGAGAGAUUAAGAGGUUAAUUAUUUGCCUCUUCUUUAAGAAACUUGAUAAUUGUUU